UUUUUCAAUCGGCCAAAAAAAGAUGUUGAAGGCAUCAGUGAACGCUCGAUAUGAGACUGAAGCUGAAAAAGAAGCGGCAACCGGCGGCGCCACUGUAACUUUCAACGCCGGCGACUUUAAGCUCCGUGCUUCUAUGACUGAUGCUACAGUAAUCAACGGUCCCAGCUUAAACGGCUUAUCUCUCGCCGUUGAAAAACCUGACUCCUUCAUCUUCGACUACAACGUCCCCAAAAAUGACUUCAAGUUUCAAUUUAUGAACUCAGUUAGCAUUUUGGAGAAGCCAUUGAAUUUGAAGUACAUUCACUCUAGAGGAGAGGACAAAACAACACUGGAUGGGACAUUGGUAUUUGAUUCCGCGAACAAGUUGUCAGUCAGUCAUAAGCUGGGUUCGGGAGGUUGUAAAUUGAAGUAUAGUUAUGUUCAUGGAGGACUCACUACUUUCGAGCCGAGUUAUGAUAUAAAAGAGGAUUCUUGGGAUUUCGCAGUGUCGCAUAAAGUUUAUGGGAAUGAUGUUUGUAAGGCAACGUAUCAGACGCUGAGUAGGAAUUUGGGGCUUCACUGGUCGAGGAGUUCUAAGCUAGGUGGAUCGCUUAAGGUUUCUGCAUCUGUGUGUUUGGACGAUGAUGAACUUAAAUUGCCAAAGUUAACUGCUGAGACUUCGUGGGACUUUGACUCGUAAUUCUUUCUGUAUUUUCAUUUGAUGAUUUCAUAUAGUUGUUGUAUUAUUCUCUAGUGUCCUGUUUAGUCUUUCCAUGAUAACUCAAAAUUUAUGAUCAAGAUUUGCCACUACAUUAUACUGUAGAACUUCAGAUUUCUUGAUAAAGUGGGCAUAUC